AUGCCGCCCGUUGAACUUCACGUCGGCAUAGUUGGUGCCGGUCUCGGUGGUCUGGCGGCGGCAAUAGCAUUGAAGCGAGGAGGAGCGAAAGUCACAAUCCUCGAGGCUGCCACUGAGCUUGGAGAGAUAGGGGCAGGUAUCCAGAUCUUCCCGAAUGUGUCGAGAUAUCUCCUACGCUGGGGCGUCGACGAGAUCAUUGGCGACAACCUUGUCGAGGUCGACGAAGUGCGCACCUGGGGCUUGAAUGGCGAGGUGGUGACCCGGGUUGACUCGAAGCGAGUUAAGAGGAUAUGCGGCUUUCCUCACUACAUCGCGCGACGAGAUCAUUUCCAUGCCGGCCUCACAGAAUCCGCCCGGCGCCAUGGCGUCGACAUCAUCGUCGGCGCUCGUGUAAACAGCCUCGAGUAUUCUCCCGACUCUGUCACCGUGACCACGACAAAGGCGGGUUCCUACAGCUUCAAUCUCCUUGUCGGAGCCGACGGGAUCAGAAGUUUUGUUCGUCAACAACUCUUCCCAGAGGUCACCCCUCUUGCGCCAUCCAAAGUCGCAGCAUACCGUGGUGUACUCACUCGAGAGGAAAUCCUAACCAAAACACCCGAAGCAAAAUCGGUCCUUACCAACACAAUGGACAUGUGGACAGGACCGAAUGGUUACAUCAUGACCUACCCCUUAUCAGGCGGCAAGGAACUCAACGUCGUGACCUCGUUCUGCAAGGACUACUACGUCGAGAAGAUGGAAGAAGUCGACAUUGAUGAGUUCCGUGCUUACUAUAAAGACUACAGCCCGGCCAUCCAGUCAAUCAUCAAAUUAGUCAACUACACCCAAAGGUGGCCGUUGCUGGUCAUGCCACCCAUGGAAACCUGGUCGAACGAACAUAAGAACGUCGUCCUGCUCGGCGACGCUUGUCAUUGUAUGCAGAACCACACUGGCCAGGGUGCGGGGACCGCGCAAGAAGACGGGGUCUUUCUCGGACGCGUCGUGAGCGAGGUCGUUCGCGGCGUGAUCACCAUCCCGGAAGCCGUAGGCUUGUACGAGAAGAAGCGCAUGCCGCGCGCCUGGACCAAGCAGCAAAUCUCGCUCGUCUCGGGAGAAUUGAACAUGUGCUCUGACCCGGAGAACCUUGCGAAGAGGGAUCAAGCUUCUAGCCCAGAGGCGGUACUGCCAGAAGACGGUUCGAGAUUUCCAGGUCUCUUACCGAACUAUCGGUCGUGGCAGGUGUUUGAUUCGCCGGAUAGCGUGCCGGGGAUAUUCUACUACGAUGCAGAAGGGGACGCAGAUAAUGCUGUUUGUGAGUAUUUGCAGGAAAGGGAUCGGGAAAACGGAGAAGUUGAUAGCUUGACCAUGGUGAGUAAGAGCUUGAGUCGGAAGUGGUGGAGUGCUGUUGACUACAACGGGAUUGACUGACGAAGGGUUUCUGCGGAUGGGUAAAGAAUCUUGCUGACUAAAUGGAUGACUUGGGAUGCCACUCACCCACCACUCAGCUGAGUAACAGCGAAGACCUACCGAACAAGC